AUGUCUGAUUACACAAAUAUUCAAAAGCAAGAAGCAAAGCAAGAGGAAGAGAAUUUAAAAUAUCUUCCAUUUAAUAUCCAAUGGCUUGAUUCCAGUUAUCAGCAAACAUGCCUUCCCGAUAGUCCCUGGCAAAAAAUUCUCGAUGAUAUUGAGCCAUCGAUAGCUGAUAAAGUCCGUCAACAAUUCAGUAAUCCGGAACGUCGUCAAAUACUAAUUGAACUACUCGGGAAAUUAUUCCAAUGGAAAUUAUUUCGAACGGAACCUGAUACACCUAGUAUAAUACUUCCACCUACUAUGCCUGAAGAACAUCGACGUAAACUUGAAAAUGAAGCUAAAUCAUGGUUACAAAUUCAAACACAUAAAUCAGCGCUUGAAAUAGGCGCAGCUGUGACUGAAGAUGAAGAUAUCAAUCAUUUAUCGAAUGAUAUGAAAAAUUUUCUUGAAUAUACAUAUCAAAUAGUACGUAAAUCACUCGAACGAUAUUUAUGUCAAGUACAACAAAAGGAACAACUUAAACACGAAGAACAAAAAUCACAGGAAAUAAGUAAGAAAAAAGCUCAAGAUCAAUUAACUGGUGGUACGAAACUUCGAUCGAUUUUACGAGAUGCAAAGUUGAAUUCAAAACAGUUGCCAAUAAUCGAUGAAUUGCAAUCUACGCCUUAUCCGUUGUCAUCACAGUAUAGUGAUAUUGUAUCAAGUUCAGUUGUUGCAAUACUUAAGCGCGAUCCACGACGUAUUAUAUUCAUCAGAGAGAAAUUAUUUGGCCAACAAUUACCAAUUUCACUCCGUCAAUUUAUUUGGACGGAAUGUUUACUUCGUUUUGAGAAAAAGCCAUUUGAUUAUGAUCUUAGUUUUGUCGAACUUCAAACAAGGCGUGAAUUUGCUGCCGGUGUAACACGUGGUAAAACUGAACUGAAAUUGAUUAAUCCGUCACAUAGUCCAGUAUCGAAUUUGAUCGAAAAUGCGGUGAUAGAAACAUAUAGUAAAGUUCAUGCUCUACAUCCCUAUCUGGAAGAACAUCAUCUUCGAUUUACAAUAAAAAUUUUAAAUGUUCUUUAUACGUAUAAAAAAGAUUAUGAACCCUAUUUCAUUUAUUGGCUAUUACCAUUUCAAUUAUCAUAUCGUGAUGAAAAAAAUAAAGAUGAAGAAAUUUAUGUUAUUGCCAUGCAUCUUGAUCUAUUUGUUCGUCAUUGUUUCCCGAAAUGGGGAAAUGUGUUUACAAUUGCAAGUAAAAUAAUGACAGAUUUAUCAACGACUGAUGCAGAAUUCUAUGAUCAUUUAAAAACAAUAUCAAAAAUACGAACAAAAGUUAAUCCAAAGGAUUUUGUUACGGAAAUUAUUUCAUUAGAAAGUAAACAGAGUGGUAGUGCAACGCAGUAUACAAAAGAACUGAUGUCUGAUCCGGUUAUUUUUCUUCGCAAAUGGAUUGGUGAAAUGUUUUUUGGUAUUCUAAAUACGAACUCGGCUCUCUAUCUAUGGGAUCAAUUUUUUAUGAUUAAAUGGAAUACAACUUAUAUAGAACAUGCCACGAAAGCAAUACUUUAUUUACUUCGUGAUCGUUUUAUGUAUGCAACUGAUUAUGACCAAUUGCGAAAAGUGUUUCUUGAUGAACCCUGUCUUUUACAUACGGCCGAUGUUCAAGCAGCAUUUGUUCAUUUGGCUUUGAAAAAUGCAGAUCCAAAAUAUAUACCGGCAAUGAAUCAACGUUUCUAUCCAUCCAAACCAAUUAUUCCACGCCUCGAUGAUAAUCGACAAAUUCCAAAUAAGAAAAAAGCAUAUUUGGAAACCAUUGGUAUUAAAGAUAUUUCGCUGGCAUUGGCUAUACCUGCUAAUCUUGCUAUUACUGGAGGAACUCGACCAGAAUUUGAUAUAAAAUCAAUCAUAGUAGAAGUUCAAAUUUAUGGUGCUGGAGAAAAAAUAGGCGAUGUAUCAACUGGAUCAUUGCCUGUACUUCGAGGAAAAGAUUCAACAAUAAAUAAUUGGCAAAGAAUUAUUGUUGAUAUACCAAAUGAUAAAUUGGUGUUGCCAAUUAAAGAAACUCGUCCAUCACAUAUGCCUACUCGUAUCCAAGCACUUGUUAUUGUUCGACAACGAGUGAAUAUCAUGAGUUUGGUUACGAUUGGCCAUUGCCGUUUUCCACUUUAUAUUCCACAAAAAAUUGGCAAUUUAGAUACAUGGGAUGUAACAUUUGGACCUGUAACACGUGCUUUGCACGCCGGCACGCCUCCGGUUUCUAUUGAUAUGAUUCCAGAAGUGCCGAAAGCAUUUGUUUCUGAUAAAAUUGGUCCUGGCUCAUCGAUAUCUUUGGUUGUGUUUGACCCAAAAGCAGAGCAACAUUUUAGCCAGGUUAAUAGAUCGGCAGAAACGCCGGCUAAAUUUUUUCAGUGA